UGCCUCUCCCCGCUGCAGGCAGCCACGCUCACAGCAUGCGGGGAGGAGUCCGUGAAGCUGCCCACCGGCUCAGAGAGCAGCGAGGAGGAGGAAGAGGGGAAGCUGGACCUGUCUUCGACUAGGAGGCUGACGGAUGAGGAACUCAUGCGAGCGUGCGGGGGUCGCACGGCACACAAGGGUGCCCGUCACGGCCUGACUAUGAGUGCCAAGCUGGCGCGCCUGGAGGAGCAGGAACGAGCUUUCCUGGCCACGUACCGGCACAAGGAGCGGCAGCGUGAGCCCCCAGAGAGCAGCAGACUGGAGCCCACCGAGGUGCUGAGCAUCUUUUAG